AUGUCGGGCCGUCAGGGAAACAAGCUGCCCAGCAACCUGCCCCAGCUGCAGAACCUCAUCAAGCGGGACCCCACCUCCUACACCGAAGAGUUCCUCCAGCAGUACCACCACUAUCAGUCCCAUGUGGAGAUUUUCACCUUCCAGCCGGACAAGCCCAGUAAGGAGCUGGCCGAACUGGUGAUGUUCCUGGCCCAGGUUGCCCAAUGCUACCCGGAACACAUGGCCAGCUUUCCCCAGCAGCUGAAGGAGCUGCUGUCCUACCACCAUACGGUGCUGGAUGCAGACCUCCGCAUGACGUUCUGUAAGGCUUUGAUCUUGUUAAGAAACAAGAAUCUAAUAAAUCCAACAAGUUUGCUGGAGCUCUUCUUUCAACUGCUGCGGUGUCACGAUAAACUUUUACGAAAAACUUUGUAUACUCACAUCGUGUCGGACAUCAAGAAUGUCAAUGCUAAACACAAAAACAAUAAAGUAAACACAACACUGCAGAACUUCAUGUACACUAUGUUGAGAGACAGCAAUCCCACUGCUGCCAAGAUAUCUCUGGACGUGAUGAUUGAACUUUACAGAAGGAAUAUUUGGAACGAUGCCAAAACAGUAAAUGUUAUCACAACUGCCUGCUUUUCAAAAGUGACGAAGGUAUUAGUUGCUAGUUUGAAGUUCUUUCUUGGGAGAGAUGAAGAUGAGAAACAAGACAGUGACUCAGAAUCUGAGGAUGAUGUUCCCACAGCAAGAGAUCUGAUGUUGCGCUAUGCAACUAACAAGAAAACCACCAAGCGCAAGAAGAAACUGGAAAAAGCGAUGAAGGUUCUCAAGAAACAGAAGAAGAAGAGCAAGCCAGAGGUGUUCAACUUCUCUGCUAUCCACUUGAUUCAUGAUCCCCAAGACUUUGCAGAGAAACUGCUGAAGCAGCUGGAGAACUGUAAGGAACGAUUUGAAGUGAAGAUGAUGUUCAUGGACCUAAUAUCUAGGCUAGUUGGAAUACACGAGCUCUUUCUUUUUAAUUUCUACCCCUUCGUUCAGAGAUUCCUACAGCCCCAUCAGAGAGAAGUGACAAAGAUUCUUCUCUUCGCUGCACAGGCUUCCCAUCAGCUAGUACCACCCGAGAUUAUCCAGUCAGUGUUAAUGACCAUUGCCAACAACUUCGUCACUGAUAAGAAUUCUGGGGAGGUCAUGACCGUAGGAAUCAAUGCAAUAAAAGAAAUCACUGCGAGAUGUCCCUUAGCUAUGACGGAAGAUCUGCUCCAAGACCUCGUUCAGUACAAGACUCAUAAAAAUAAAAAUGUGAUGAUGUCUGCAAGAACUCUGAUACACCUUUUCCGUUCUCUGAAUCCAGAGAUGCUGCAGAAGAAAUUCAGAGGUAAGCCUACUGAGGCCUCUGUGGAAGCCAGGAUUCAUGAAUAUGGAGAACUGGAUGCCAAAGAUUAUAUCCCAGGAGCAGAAGUACUGGAUGUUGAGAGUCAAAAGGAAAAGGGAGGAACCCAAGAGGAAGAUGGAUGGGAAAGUGCUAGUCUGAGUGAGGAAGAAGAUAAUGAGGAUGGCGAAUGGAUUGAUGUGCAUCACUCCUCGGAUGAGGAGCAGCAAGAAGUAGCAGAGAAGGUGAACAGCAUGCCCAUAGAGGAACGAAAAGCCAAAGCUGCGGCAGUCAGUACAAGCAGGCUGCUAACCCAAGAAGACUUCCACAAAAUACGCCUUGCCCAGCUCUCCAAAGAACUUAAUUCUGCACCCGGCAAAGCUGCCAAGAGGAAAAAUAUUGAAAUAGAUGAUGAAGAGGAGGAGGGCAGGGGAGAGUUGCUUUCACUCAGAGAUAUUGAACAUCUGCAUAAGAAGCCUAAAUCGGAUAAGGAGACCAGAUUGGCAACUGCAAUGGCUGGAAAAACAGACAGAAAAGAAUUUGUGAAAAAGAAAACAAGGAUUAACCCAUUUGCCAGCUCUUCCAACAAAGAAAAGAAAAAGCACAAGAAUUUCAUGAUGAUCAGAUACAGCCAUAGUGUCCGGACAAAAAAUAAGCGUUCUUUCAGGGAAAAACAGCUGGCUCUUCGAGAUGCGCUUCUGAAGAAGAGAAAACGUCUGCUGAAAUAAAAAAUGUUAACGGAGAAGAUUACUUAACCACCCUUGAAGAAA